AUGGCGAGUGGCUCCGCAUGCCAGGACGAGCGCCCUUCGCGUCAGCCGAGCGACAUAAGCUUGCCGUCAAGGUUGGACGCGCGUCUCCCGCGGCAGUUUUCCAACCUGUCGGCGGCAGAAGCAAUCAGGGCAAGCUACAACUCCAUCCUUUCAGCUGUGAGGAUGAGUCAUUUGCUCAGCGCGAUCGAGUCAGCGAAGGCAGAGAAGGUCGGAGCGGCGGCUUUCAGCGCACCUUGGAAGGCGCUGUUGCUUCUCACCGUGCCGGUUUCGGGUGCUCUUACUGGCUUCGGGGUCCAGCUGGCUACAUCCCGAGGCAGCUUUUCGCUGUACCUGCCGUUGGUUCUGGCCGGACUGAUUCUGCUCUUUGGCCUGGCAGCACGCCUUCUGUGGUUCCAUGGCUUCGAGGAGUUCCGGCAGCUAUCCUCCAGAAGAUAUCUUUGCUGCUUCCUGCCCGGCCUCAUCGGUGGAGCCAAGUACAGCUUACAGAACCUGACGGUGUCCAUGAUGAGCUCGUCGCUGUUUUUCAUCAUCAUGCGGACUACGCUCAUCUGGGUGGCGGUAUUCGAGGCCUUGAUGCUGCGCCGUCUUCCUGACAAGCUGCAAGCCGUUACGCUGCUUGCCGUGCUUCUUUCGUGCAUCAGCUCGACGGUGCAGGCUCUGGAGGAAGCCGAAGACGGUACAAUGACAGUUUCGGCCCUUGCCGUUCUGCUUGCCGCAGCCUGUGCGCUCGCGGAUGCUGUGUUCGACACUUGCACGGACCUCCUUGGCCGAAAGUUCUCGGCGGGGCUGAGCGGAAAGGAGAAAGGUGCAGAGCUAUGCCGCAUAAUGGUGGCCCUGCAAUUCUUCCGGCUGCCACCCUAUGCCUGCAUGCUUGUAUGGUUUGACUGGGACGAUGCCUUCGGCGGCUUCGAUGUGACCACCUUCGCGUUGACAGUGCUGCCAGUAGUGCUAAAGAUUCCAGUUUUUCAGGCCAGUGUAUUCAUGGUCGGUGCUGUGAAGACCAGCAUGGCCGUUUCUUUUGAGAUUGGUCUGUCAUAUUUGUUGGAGGUGGUCUUCAGCUUGGCAGACUUUGUCAUGAGUAAAAUGCUUGCCAUGGCAACGUUGGCAUGCGUUCUCAUGAUGUCGGCCUUGCACCACAUACGCCUCCGAGAGGAAGUUGCUAGGCAGCAGGAUGUAGCCCUGGAUGAAUUGAAAGUACAAGUCCGCGCUUCUGCACGUUCGCUGAGCCAUCAGCCCUUAAGAAAGCCAGGAAUGCAGCCAGUAGUCAUGCAGCCGGUUUCCCAGGACGAUGGAGCGGGCUUCUCGGUAUAA